AUGGAUUAGAACUUAAAAACCAUACAUUCUCAAAUAGAGUAGACUUAAGCCUCUCUUGAUUUUGAAGCUUAAGAAAUAAGUUAAAAGUAUCAGAGAAUAUUGCAGAGCAGUCAGAGGACUCUGCAAAUACAAGAAUCAACGCCAUAAAUAAAAACAUUACAAAUUGGAAAAAUAUUAGAUGCAGUAGAUACUUAGCCACAGGUAUAAAGUGUAAGAAUUUCAACUAUUGCUGCAAAUGAUAAAUUUGAGGAAAGCAAGUUAAUAACUCAGGAUGAAAAUCAAUAAGUUGUGAAUGCCAAUUUUGUAUCUGAAAUUUCCUAGUCUGUAAAAAAUAUGGGAAUAAAACCAUUUUACCUAGAAUCGGGAAUCGGCUCACAAGCAUUCAUUUAUGCUGGACCUAAUAUUACAUUUAAUAAGGAGCAAUCUAUGAAGCAUAAUUAGAGUGAUCUUCCGACUUCACUUGAGAAUCAAAGCUUGAUUAAAUAUUUUGAGCAAAUGGGGAAAACUCUACCUGAUAAAAAUCAAAGGCCCUUGAAAGUAAUGACUCACGCUAAAGAUAACUAUAUGCAUGAUGAUAAUGAUUUUCACGAUAUCGAAAACUAUGAGGAUCUCAAGCCAGAGAGACAACUUACCUAUGAUCAAAAUAUUUUAAAUCAAGAUAGUAAUAGAUUUGUACCUAAGGUUAAACAAGAGCCGAGAAUUAAAGGAAGAAACAGAGAUAAAGUUCUGAGAUAGGGAAAUAAUAAGACUGCUAAGCUUGACUCUAAAAAAGAUAGUGAUAUUGAGUCCGAUUAAAUAGCCUCACUUUAUCAUAAGAAAGGCUUAAAACUGGAUUUUAGUAAUAAUGAUGAUAAAGUAUUCGAGACUAACAACACCAAAAGAUAAAAGUAAGAUUCUAAAAUAUUUAGAAACUUUUAUAACUAAGACUAGACUUAAGAUUAAGAUAAGUUUGAAGUAUACUAUGCAGAUGAAUUGAAAUCUCCUGUUGGUUAUUCCAUUAAUGCCUAAAAGAGACCUUUCAGUUAGGAUAAUGCUUUCGAUGAUAAUUAAUAUCAAGAUUAUAAUCUUGAGGUCUCUAAUGAAAAUAAGAUAAAUUACAUUUAUCAAAAAAACCUAGAAUAUGAUCCUGAUAUUGAUGAAGUUUUUGUGUCAAGGGUAUAAAAAUUUGAUAUCAUAAGUUAGCCUUAGAAUACAUAAAAUGAUGCAUCAAUUUUAGUAGAGGUAAAAAAGAAUUCUAUUUCAAACCUGGCUACUUUUGAUCUUAUGAUCUCUUCAUAAAUGAAAUCUUCAAGCAGAGGUCAAAAGACCUAGACAUGUAAGAAAACCUAUCAAAUAUUAAAGUAGCCAAGAUUCGAUAAAUUAUGGACAAUGCAUACCUACGCCAGAUUCAAUUUCUAAAGUAAAAGUGGGUAUACAGGUUCGUAAAUGAUAUUGAAAAAAUCAUUGGAUUAUCAGUAAAAAUUGUUUGAAAAUUGGUUAACUUUUACCUUUAUUAUGGCAGCAUUAAUUUUAGCAGUUUUAUUAGCCUUGAAAUCAGAUAUAUACCAACUUGAUUUCGACAUUAGAGUUAUUCUUGCUCCAAUUACCCUUGCUUGGGCAGUUUUAAUGAUAAUUUUAAUAGUCAUGAUAUCCCAAGUCUCUUAUUAUUUUAAGCAAGUUCAAAAUCUACAUAAUCAAGAGCCCUACAAAUUACUUAAUAGAUGCUAUAAGAAUUUAAAGGGAAGAAAUUCUUAGGAUAGUUAACUUUUCACAAAAACUGAUUUCUAUAAUAAGUUUUACAUUAGUGCAACAAUAACUAUGAUUUCCUUUUAUUUUGGCAUUUUCUUGAAGAUUUAUGUACUCUAUGAUAAGAUUACAUUUACCUAAAUAAGUCCAAUCUCAUUUGGACCAGGAUUUUUACUUUAUAUUUCAGAGUUAUUUUACACUCAUUAAUUGAAUCAUUAAAACUGGAAAAAUAGGAACUAGCACUUAAAAAGUAUGAUUGAAAAAUACGGGAAAGAAUAGAAUAUGGAAAUUUCUACUCAUUUAGCAACAGUCGCUAAGAUUGAUAUAGGCCUUGUAAUUAAUGGAAUAGUUAUACCUGGAUUUUUCUAUGGCUUUUGGCUUGCCCUAUGCAUGAGAUUUGAUAAUCAAAUAUAGACAAAUUUAUUCAUUCUAUUAAUCCCUGUUUGGGUUAUUGCUCUUCCAUUAUUCAUAUUUACAGUAUUAAAUGGAAUCGCUACUUAAAAUACUAGAGCCAAUAAAUGCGAGAAAAUCACUCUAUCUGUUAUGGUUCCUUUUGGAUUCUUAGUAUCAUUUAUUUUAUUGAUUCUAUGUGCAGAAGGCAUCAUAAAAACUAAGCUUUUUUAUCUUCUGAUACCAAAUUUCGUCAGUUUAAUUUGUCUAUACCUUUAUAUGAGGUGUUUAAUUAAGCCUAUAAAGAUCCAUGCUAAAAAUUCAUCUGAAGGUGAUGAGAAUAAAUGA